CUUUCCUCAUCCAUCCAUCCGCGCUUCCCUCUGCCUCUGCCGCUGGAUGGUGCGUUUUUAGGACCCCACGGAGGAGGAAACCCGGAGCUUUCCCCCUCUGUCUGAUGGAGACGGCGCUGAGGAAAGGAGCGAGUGCGGUCGGCGGAGACCACCUCGAGGAUCCUGCAGGAAGGACUUCGCUGCUGCUGUAGGAAGGCGAGAGAGAGGGGGAGAGGAGCGAGAGGGGAGACUCGGGAGAUCCUCCAUCAUCGGAAGGUCUCCUGCAUCUCUUCCAGGGCGUGCCUCUGUGAUUGCGUCUAGCAUGCACGCUCACGAGAGCGCACAGCUUGUCUAAUCAACCACAGUGCGUGUUUCUUCGCGAGCGUACGUCAAGUGCAGGAAUGGGUUCGGUGGGCGCGGAGCGCCGCAGGCCCACGCCGGCCCAGACACCCGAGGAGAGGGACGUGUGGAGGGAUGGAGGAAGAUCUGUUUGGAGGGAGGGCUGGAGAGAGGGAAGAGAGAGCGGCAUUGUGCAGAGCUACAGCUUCGAUUCAUACCAGCUGGAGGAGGAGGAGAUCAGUAAAGACGCCCCGGAGCGAGGAGUGCUGGCUUUGUCCGAGCCCGACUUUGAGGAACCGAUCCCUGACGACCGUUACCAUGGCAUCUACUUUGCAAUGCUACUGGCUGGAGUGGGUUUCCUGCUUCCCUACAACAGCUUCAUCACAGAUGUGGAUUACCUGCAUCAGAAGUUUAAAGGGACAUCGAUAGUGUUUGACAUGAGUCUGACGUACAUCUUAGUGGCUUUGUUGGCCGUCAUCCUCAACAAUGUGCUGGUGGAGCGACUCAGCAUGCACACCAGGAUCACUGUGGGUUACAUCUUAGCUUUGGGGCCCCUGAUCUUUGUCAGCGUGUUCGACGUUUGGCUGGAAAAGUUCACCACCAAGCAGGCUUAUGUCAUCAACCUGGUAUCAGUGGGAGUGGUGGCCUUUGGAUGUACAGUGCAGCAGUCCAGUUUCUAUGGUUACAUGGGGAUGCUGCCCAAGAGGUACACACAGGGGGUAAUGACUGGAGAGAGUACGGCUGGGGUGAUCAUCUCGCUGUCCCGCAUCUUCACCAAGCUGCUGAUCAAAGAUGACAAGAAGAACACGCUGAUCUUCUUCCUCGUCUCCAUCAGCAUGGAAAUGCUGUGCUUCUUGCUUCACCUGCUGGUCCGCCGCUCACGAUUUGUCCGGUAUUACACCAGCCACGCCCAGGGUAAAGGUCCGGGCAAAUGUCACGAUCCGAGAGACAACGGGACCGGGUACAGGGUUCACCACGAUGUCACUGCAGAGGAAGUAAGAUUUGGAAACGGUGGUACAGGAGCGUCUUCUGUGGAGGAAGGCGUCGAGGACAUUGCGGGCGGUACCUAUGUUCGAUUUGAUGCCCCAAAAGCCAAGAUGAGAAGGAGCUGGCCCGGGCUCCGAGACAUGAUCUUGCAUCGUUACGUGGUGUCCCGCGUGAUCUGGGCCUACAUGCUGUCAAUAGCUGUGACCUACAGCAUCACUCUCUGUCUGUUUCCCGGGCUGGAGUCAGAGAUACGAAACUCCACCUUAGGUGAAUGGCUCCCCAUCCUCAUCAUGGCCACCUUCAACAUGUCGGACUUUGUUGGCAAGAUCCUGGCAGCGCUGCCAUAUGACUGGUCUGGGGGUCGUCUGCUCUUCUUCUCUUGCCUGAGGGUGGUCUUCAUCCCUCUGUUUGUCAUGUGUGUGUAUCCGGCCAAUGAACCCACCCUAUCCCAUCCUGCCUGGCCCUGUCUCUUUUCUCUCCUCAUGGGAGUCACCAACGGAUAUUUUGGGUCUGUACCGAUGAUCCAGGCUGCGGGCAAAGUGCCGCCUGAACAGCGGGAGCUUGCAGGGAAUACUAUGACUGUCUCCUACAUGACAGGCCUGAUGGUUGGCUCCGCUGUAGCGUAUGCAGCUUAUAGCUUCACUGCUCCACCAACAGGAAUACACUCCUCCACGCUCAACAUACACACACCUGCCAACACUACCGUGUAUUGAAUGUCCGUAGGUUUGACACGCACUCACUCAUCCAUCUGUAUACAUUUACAUGUACACACAUGCUGCGUAAGGACAGGACGUUUGCCCUUUCAGCAGCAUAAACUGAUGUACUAGACUCCAGCUGCAGAAUAACUCAACAAUAACAAAAGAAAAGACAAGCAGUGGCGUUUAGUGUUGAAAGGGAUUAAGUGAAAAAAGUGCAGAUUUCUCCACUCGCUCAUCUCCCGGUGAUCCACUGACCUUCAAGCAUCUGCUCCGAUGAACUUCCCCGGAGGAAGAGAAGUGGAGCUGUGUGUCUGCCAGCAGGCAGACAUUAACCCUCAGAGUAUCACACAGUGAAAUUACUGUCUGCAUAUGUGCGAACACAUCAUCUGACAUUUGUACAGUGCAAAGUCAAGUGAUAUUUUGUUGCGGGGAGCUAAUGGCUUGUGGUUUUAGAGGAGACCUUGCAUUAUAUGUGAUGUUAUGUUUUAUGAAUUCUCAGAGCUGUCGCCCAUCAUAGAAGCGAGAUGGUGUUCAGACUCACGUAAAAAUAUGAUCAGCGUUUUUAGAUGAUGAGUUCCGUAAAUGCUCAUUUUAUUCGGACCCUGUUAUUAAAACCAGUUUAACCUUAUGAGAUCUCAGCCCUCAUUGAGGAUGACCCUAACCCUGUGCUAUCAGAAUAAGUCAUUUUUCAAACAAAUAAUCAUUCUAACUGAAAAAAACUUACGUCUUGGGUUAGGGCUUGGGGCUAUGAGCUGUUACCAAUAACGACUCAGACCUCACAAGGGUUAAACAAACUGUCUUUUCUGCCUAAGACUCAAAGACAUUUUUUUGACCCUGAGAGCACUGUGUUAGAUAUCUAAUGCUGCAACCAGACUGGGGGAAAUAAUGGUUGGAGGCAAUUAUUGCAACUGUGUGCAAUUAAAUUUUAAUGUCAUUGCCUUUGAAAUGGUUGCUUUGACAACGUAAAUCGGAUCUGCAACAACUUGCAGUCAGUCGUUGUCUUCAAAGCGAAUUUGUUGCAUCGAGAUGACUAUAAAGGAACAAAAAGACUAAAUGGAGUCAAGUUGGCAGUCUGUAUGUGAUAACAAACACUGAAAUUCACAACAACUACUUCAAAUUCGGAAUCCAUCCAGAACCUCACAGAUUUGAAAGAGAACUCCCUCUGUUUCAAUAGUGACGUAGUUGCUGCAGGAUUGCUCAACAACCUUGCAUUCUAACAGGAGAAUAAUAGUUUGCAACCAGUUGAUCCAAACCCCUUACUACAACGAGACACUUUGCAGACAAGUUGUACUCUUCGAUGCAGACUACUAUAGACUGAGUGCAACAUGUUGAUGAUCUGUCUCCAUUUAUAAAGUCAACUAAACAAUGAUUAUCAGCAAAAAUUCACCAGUCUGAUUGCUUCGUACCUUGGAGCAGACAACACCCUCAACCUCGGGGUGACCGCUUGGUUUCACGUGAGCGGACCACGCUCCUCUCUAAACUCACCUUCUUUCUUUUUUUUUU